AUGAUAGAGGUUAUAUGUUCCGAUUAUCGCCGUGCUUUUAAGCAUCUUGCUUUAGAUCUUCCAAUUUUGGGUAAAUUAAUUAAAGGAAUGUAUGGGGGUACGACUAGUAAUACUGUAAAACCGACAGUUCAAUCAGUAAAGGUGGCAAUUCAACCAAAACAAAAUUUAAUGCGAAAUCCCGUCCAUCCUCAAAAUUAG